AUGGACUCGUUAAUCGCGAAGGCGGACGCUAUUCAACCGGUGGCGAAACGGAGAAAGAUCCACACAGAGGCUUUACGAAAGAAGGCCAGUACCGCAUCUAAGGCAGGCCCCUCAAGCGAUUUCACGUUGAAUUCGGUCAACCAACAUACCUCUCUGCCAAAAUCGCUACGUCCGACGUCACCAACCCCAGAUCACGUACCAAAAUAUUCUCACAUACAAAAUCAGAAGCUUCGCACUCAGCUAACGCGGCAGUCCGCGCACGCCGCACGUGCGAAGGUGUUGCUGAAGGAUGCGGAGCUACUAUUAACAGAGGAAGCAGGGUUGAUGGAGGUGGAGGGGGAGAUGGAGAAGACGUGGAGAGUGGGACAAGACGAGGUGGUCAGCGCUGCAGGGCAGGAAGCAGCCCAGGGACGAAAAGAGUGGACGCUCGAUGGUGGUCCAUAUCGCUCAAGAUAUACCCGUAACGGAAGACACCUUGCUGUCGUCGGUUCCAAGGGUCACGUAGCCACCUUCGACUGGAAAACAGGAACUCUGCAUUCCGAACUUCAGUUGCAAGAGACCUGUCGAGACAUCACUUUUUUACAUGACCAUUCACAUUUUGCCGUAGCCCAGCAAAAGUAUGUAUUCAUUUACGAUCGAGAUGGGGUAGAACUCCAUCGACUGAAGUCACAUAUCGAGCCGACAAGAUUGGAAUUCCUUCCCUUUCACUGGCUACUCGCGAGUGUUGGCAAUGCAGGGUACCUGAAGUACCAAGACACGUCGACCGGCCAACUCGUAGUCGAGCAUCGCACCAAACUUGGCGCGUGCACGGCCAUGACGCAGAACAUCCACAACGCUUUGAUCCACCUCGGGCACCAAAACGGUACAGUCACCCUGUGGACGCCCAACCUGCCACAUCCCGCUGUCCGCUUACUCGCUCACCUCGGCCCCGUUGUCAGCGUCAGCGUGGAUCCGAGCACGGGCGGCAGAUACAUGGCGACUGCAGGUCAGGACGGGAUGGUGAAGGUGUGGGACUGCCGGAACUGGAAGGGUGCGGUACGCCAGUGGACUGCGCGAGGCGGGACUGCUGCAGUAGAGUGGAGCCAGAAGGGCGCACUAGCGGUAGCCACUGGAGGUAGCGUUAAUGUCUACACGAAACCAUCAAUUCAGUCGCCGUUUGCUGCAACUGUGUCACCCCCGCUGUACCUUACGCAUCCCAUCCCUCACCGCCCUCUUAUCUCUGUUCGAUUCUGCCCGUUCCACGAUGUGCUCACGGUUGGGCACUCCGCGGGCCUGUCAAGCAUCUUGGUUCCUGGCGCUGGAGAGCCGAAUUUCGACAGCGCCGAGGCAGAUCCGUUCGAGAACAAGCGGGCCCGUCGGGAGAGGGAAGUGAAAGGCUUGUUAGACAAGAUCCAACCAGACAUGAUCGCUCUUAAUCCCGAGUUUAUUGGCAGCCUGGCCCCGCCCCCGAAAUUGGUCACCGCGGUCGACGGGAAGGUCGACAUCCCGUUCGCGCGGCUGCCCAGACUGGAGCGCUUGCGUGUGCAGGGUAAGGCCGACGAGACAGAGGCCAAUGACCACGAUUCAGAUGAUGCAGAAGCUGAAGGUGCGCCAAAGCCCAAGCGCGAGGAGAAGGAGAAGAAAAAGAUGCGCGGUAAGAACAAGAGCUUGAAGAGGUACCUGCGCAAGCAGCGGAAAAAUGUCAUCGAUCCUCGUGCAAUCGCAGUUCGCGCGAAGCUCGAGAAGCAGCGCGAGGAGAUACGCCGGGCCAAGGCGGCCGCUCACGGCUCGGCAGAGAGCGAGAAACCAUCUGCCCUGGACCGAUUCAAGCGCCCGCCCUGA